AUGCCACCACAUUGUCCAAAAUCAUAUCCCUUAACCAGGACCCUGUCCCAAUAUUUUUCACCGGCAUCUUCAAAGAAUAAACCUCUUGAACUUGAUGGAACAGCUGGGUUAGCAGUCUAUCAAAGAACCCCUGUAAAUCCUUACCUUAAAGAAGUUGUGCGCCAUCUGAGGGAUCCGUUAGAGUUAUUCCCUAAUGUUAUAAUUCAGGCUCAAUGUAUUGUCAGAAUUGAAUUGAAUGGUGUCAUCAUGCAAGAGCAGUGGGAGCUGACCAUCAAAAAGACCCGCAGAAGCCUUUGCACUGUACUAGAUGCUCUUGGAAUUCUUCAUCAAGGUUUGUUUCACAGUAAUUUUUUGCUAGAGCAUGUUGAGCAGUUCCUUGAUGAAAGUAAGAGGAGUGAUGCAGAUUUACCUGAUUCUAAGAAGUUUAGUGAAGAAGAUGUGCAAAAACUAACAAAAUUGAAAGAACAUCUUCUGAACUUGAACAAGUUUCUAGAUUGUGUUCUUCUAAAUUACUCCAGUUUUAGCUGCGAGCUACCAGACAUUGAAAAGGUCAAACGUGCAGCAAAAAAGCUUUACAAAGUCAUAAAAAAUUUGAAGCCAGAUAGACUUAAAAACUUGGUUCCUGAGGGCAUGGUAUUUUCAGAAGAAUAUGUUCUGUGCUCUGUACUUGGUUUACACAAUGAUUUUGCUGCCAGGCUUAGAAAUUUGAGUCCAGAAAUGAGAAAUCACAAAACUGACAUGUGCCUCUUGCUGUGUUUCCUAAAAGAACGUGAUGAGUCUCCUAAUGUUGAAAACUUGCGUGAUACAGCUGCAGUAGAAUGUAGCUUGCAGAAAAUGGGUUUUACUGAAAACCGAUCAAAUGUUAUUGCUAAGUGGAUUGCUGAACAGCCUUUUCCUGAACACAGGUCCCUUUUAGCUUGGACUCAAAUUUAUAUAGAAAACGUGUUCAAGUACGAUAUUUUUUUAAAUGACGAGGUUCACAACUUUCCAUACAAAGAACGUUACUUGGAUGGCUGGUUUAGUGUGAAUGUAGAAGAUUGCGAAGGUGGGGAUGGUCGUGUACCACAAGUGUCUGUAAUCAACACCAAUACCAAGGAAAAGGCUAUAGCUCACAUAGAGAACAAGAUAGCUGAGUUCAAAGAAAGUAAUCCAAAAGGGCAGCUAUAUUUCCAUGGCACUGAUCAUGAUAGUGUCAAAAAUAUUCUUGAAUGUGGUAUCAAGUUGGGUAAAGGUUCACAAAUUUGCGAUUUUUCUAACGGAUGUGGUUUUUACGUAGCAGAUAAUUUUAAGUAUGCCCUAGAAGAACAUGCAAUGAAGAGCAAAUUGGCAGCUGUAAUAUUGUUCAACAUAAGUGAUGAUUGUCUGAAGAAAGGUCUUGAUUUAUCUGGUGCUGAGAGGCAAAUGGACUUGAAAUCUGUGAUAAAAUAUUUCCGGUCUGGUGAACCACGAAGUCAUGGACUAGGUCAGAAACUAUACCAGGAGAUAAAAAAAUGCCAUUACAUUUUUGGGCCAAUGAGCAGAGAUGGUAGUAGGAAAUGUGAAAUUGUGCAGCAAAUUUGCAUCAAGAAAGAGGAGAUGGCUGAAGAAAUGGGCAAUCCAUCACAUGUAGCAGGUAUUGUGUUUAUAAAUACGGGAGCUGGUACCGAAUUAGCUCGUAGGUGA